GAUGGCCAGAGUAUUCAUUAGAAUCCUCAGACAUUCAGGUGCUGCUGAAGCAUCAGAGAUAAACCUUUGAGAAGAUGAAGAUUCUCCUGCUCACUGUGGGGCUGGCCUUGGUCUGUGGUCUCCAGGCCCUCGAUAACAAUGAAGAAGGCUCACCAAAGGUUAGUGGAAAGUGGUUCACUAUUGCAUUGGCCUCAAAUGUGACAUCUAAGAUUGAAGAAGGAGGUAGCUUGCAGGUGUUUGUCAAAAAUCUUAGUGAACACAAUGGUAAUCUUUAUGGAGACUUCUUCAAAAGAGAAAAUGGCAAAUGCAUUCCAUUUUCUGUGACUGCGA